AUGGUUAUUUACGAAAAACAAGUGUUUGCUUGUGAUCUCUGCUGUGAAGGUUUCCUUCAUGCUACAAGCCUAGAAAAACAUAAAGAGUUACAUAGUAAAAAUGAUGCUUAUGCGUGCAAGGUUUGUAAUUGUUUCUUUUUGAAUCAGGAAACACUUUUAGUUCAUAAAAAUACUCAUCAUAAAAAUAUAAUGACUCAAGAUAUUUUAUCAGAAAUUUCUGAUGAUGUUAAACCUUUAUUAAAUGUAAUUAAAGAAGAAAAGCAUGACAACUCUGUUGAUUCAUUUUCUCCAGAAAAUGGUAAACGAAUAAGAGGUCGUCCAAAACAGUCACAAGGGCAAAAAGUUGGUCAUCAAUGCACAAUCUGUAUGGAAUUUUUUGAUAAAAAGCUACAAUUAAAGAGACAUACUAUGUCUGCUCAUCGAGAUAAGCUUGUAACAGUCGAGUAA